AUGGGAAGCGCAUCAGCAACGCAACAUGCUCCGAAGUCUCUCCUCGAACUCGAGGACUUGCUUCGGGAUGACACCAAAGUGAAAGUGGCUGUUGAUGGUGUCCUGAGGGGCAAGUUCAUGUCCAAGGAGAAAUUCCUCAGUGCCGCAUCGUCCGAUGGAUUCGGCUUCUGCAGUGUCAUUUUCGGAUGGGAUCUACAUGACACCGUCUACUCAAAGGAACUACUGAUCUCUAAUAGGGCAAACGGGUACCGAGAUCUUCUCGCGACCAUCGACUUGUCUACAUACCGACGGAUACCUUGGGAGAAAAAUGUCCCCUUUUUCCUCGUGUCCUUCCUCGACCCGGACACCAAGGAACCCAUCUGUGCGGAUCCCCGCGGCGUCCUCAAGGGCGUCGUGGACAAGGCUGCAAGCAAGGGGUGGCAAUGCUACGCUGGCUGUGAAUACGAGUACUUCCAAUUCAAAGAGACACCGCACAGUUUGAAUGAGAAAAGGUACACAGACCUACAACCGCUCACUCCUGGAAUGCAUGGCUACUCACUCCUCCGCACUCAACUGAACAACGACUACUUUCACGACAUCUUCGACGAGAGUCUGAAGUUUGACGUGCCGCUCGAAGGCCACCACACCGAGACGGGGCCGGGUGUAUAUGAGACCGCGCUAGCUUACACGACCGCAUGUCGCAUGGCAGACAACGCAAUCUUGUUCAAGUAUCUUUUGAAGAGCAUAGGCAUGAAGCACGGGAUAGUCCCGAGUUUCAUGGCUAAGCCUUGGGGAAACCUGCCAGGCUGCAGCGGCCAUAUCCACGUCUCAUUACGCGACGAGAAUGGAAAGAGUAUCUUCGCCGUCUCCGAAGCGCAGCUCAAGACCGGACGCGCCAACGCAGCCAACGAAGACACCAAGUUCCUCAGCCAAGAAGGCGAGUGGUUCCUCGCCGGGGUUCUCGACGGCCUCCCCGACGUCAUGCCCAUGCUGGUCCCGACGAUCAACGGCUACAAGCGGCUCGUCGGCGGCGAGGCGUUCUGGGCGCCCAACGCGGUCACGUACGGCUACGACUCGCGCGCCGCGUCCGUGCGCAUCAUCGGCCCGCCCUCCGUCCCGCCCGCCGCGACGCGCUUGGAGGUGCGCGUGCCCGGCGCGGACAUGAACCCCUACUUCGCGCUCAGCGCGGUCCUCGCGCUCGGGCUGCGGGGCAUCGAGAGGAAGAUGGCGCUGCCCGGCCCGCCGGUGGGGCAGUUGACGUUGGAGGAUAAGAAGAACGGCAAGGUCAAGAUGCUCCCGCAGUCGCUGGAGGCGGCGACGGAGCGCAUGAUGCGUGCUGAGAGCAUCGCGCGCGAGGAGGCGGUGUUCGGAAACGAUUUCGUGGACCACUUCGGAGGCACGCGCCAGCACGAAGUGCAGCUUUGGAACCAGGCAGUCACAAACUGGGAAGUGGAGAGAUAUCUGGAACUGGCUUGA